AUGCGCAAAUUCUUUACUGCAAAACCGAAAAACCCGAGCACGACGAGUCAGUUAAAUGAGAAAAGGAUUCGACUAGGAAAUGAGAAUUCUCCGAAUCAACAACAAGGUGAAACUCCACACAUUAAAAAGGACCUAGACGAAGCAAAGAAAUGCCGAGCUCGUCGCCUAAAAAUUUUAGAAGAACGAGCAAACGAUGCACCUUUUAUGGAAGAUGUUUUUGAAAUGUACAAACGGGAGCUCAUCACCACGAAAGAGCUCUCGGAUAAAUCGGCCUUGAAGAAACACGGUCUUACUAAAGUCGGGUUUACGGAAGAUUUUUCAUUAACGACUUAUCGAGCGAUUACAAUAUCAAAGGAGUUAGCGACAUCGUUCAAGAAAGGAGAGAAAUUUUACCUGCGUGGAGAAUUGGAUGAAAAUAUGGUCCUCUGCUCAGCCACACAAACAUUUGAUAUUCAUGCUUGUGCAACUUCUAGUCUUUUGACCAUUUCUACAUUGAAACCAGAAUUUAGCACCGAAGCGGCAAGCGCUUUUGAAAGCACCUCGAUUUUGGGCUCUGUCGAUCAGAACAUCUGUUUUGCGACUUUGAAGUCAAAUGUUGGGACUCAAAAACUACGAGAGUUGUUACGCCGAAAUGAGCUGGACUGGAAAGAAGAAGAUUCUAGUCAAGCAAGUUUUGAGGUGAUCGAUGAAUCGACAAGAAGAUUUUCAUCCCGGGAACUCCUGCGAAUGAUUCAAAUGAGUGAAGGGGAACUGCGCGCUUUCUGUAAACGAAUGCCAGUAAUCGAAUAUAAAGGAAAAUUUUGCUGGAUGACUCAUGCCUAUUGCACACAUCUCUUUGAUACUUUGGUCGAUUUGCUAGAUGAUACUGAUCAUUCUGAUAUUGAGAUAUCAUUUUGCACCUUCGAAUCCCUCCGAGGAGCUUUUCCAACUUCUAUCCCAGAUACGGCAAUUCAGUGGCUAUUGAACAGAACGUUUGAACAAAUACCAGAUCAAGAAGUUUAUCAACUUGACGAGGGACGUUUUGUGACGGAACGACUUCGACAUUUAUUGCCGCUAACUCCGGUUCAAUACCUCAGCCAAUUAUACUCCGUGGCCGACAGAAUCCUUCCUGCUAGAUGCACUUUUAAACCUGAAUAUCUUCUCGGAGUUGCUACAACUACAACACAUGGAUCUGGCGAGAAGCUGAUUAUUUUAAUGGACAAGGAUGAACUUCCAGAUGAACAUUUGGAUAGGGUGAAAUCUAUGUUUGCUGCGAGAAGUAUUUGGCCAGACAACGAGAUGAGAGCUUACCUUGCGGAUGUCUUCCUUUCAAGGCAAAAGAUGGACGAGUUUCUUUUCGAAAAUGUGGAAAGAGGUGAAGACGGCGAUGGGAAAAUUAUUUACGGAGGCGUUGUGGAUCCUGAUUGU